CCCAAGAUGGCGGCGCUGAGCAGCGGCAGUAGCUCCGAGGGGGCCUCGCUCUUCAACGGGGACAUGGAGCCUGAGCCGCCGCCCGGAGCUGGGGCCUCGUUCCUGGGGGGCAGCGGCGGCGGCGAGCCGGCCAUCCCAGAGGAGGUAUGGAAUAUCAAACAGAUGAUUAAAUUAACACAAGAACACAUAGAGGCGCUGCUGGACAAGUUUGGAGGAGAGCAUAACCCACCAUCAAUAUACUUGGAGGCCUAUGAAGAGUACACCAGCAAGUUAGAUGCUCUACAACAAAGAGAACAGCAGUUAUUGGAAUCCAUGGGGAAUGGAACUGAUUUCUCUGUCUCCAGCUCAGCUUCAACAGACACAGUUACAUCAUCUUCCUCCUCUAGCCUCUCUGUAGCACCUUCAUCCCUUUCAGUUUAUCAGAACCCCACAGAUAUGUCACGGAAUAACCCCAAGUCUCCACAAAAACCUAUUGUUAGAGUCUUCCUACCCAACAAACAGAGGACAGUGGUUCCAGCAAGAUGUGGGGUGACCGUCCGGGACAGUCUAAAGAAAGCUCUGAUGAUGAGGGGUCUUAUCCCAGAAUGCUGUGCUGUUUACAGAAUACAAGAUGGAGAGAAGAAGCCCAUUGGCUGGGACACUGACAUUUCCUGGCUCACAGGAGAGGAGUUGCACGUGGAAGUCUUGGAGAAUGUGCCGCUUACCACACACAAUUUUGUACGAAAGACAUUCUUCACUUUAGCAUUCUGUGACUUUUGUCGAAAGCUGCUUUUCCAGGGAUUCCGAUGCCAGACUUGUGGUUAUAAAUUUCACCAGCGCUGUAGUACAGAGGUGCCACUGAUGUGUGUUAAUUAUGACCAGCUUGAUUUGCUGUUUGUCUCCAAGUUCUUUGAACACCACCCAAUAUCGCAGGAGGAGGCCUCCUUAGGAGAGACCACCCAAGCAUCUGGAUCGUACUCCUCAGUGCCCCCAUCAGAUUCUAUUGGACCACCAAUUCUCCCUAGUCCUUCUCCUUCAAAAUCCAUUCCAAUCCCACAGCCCUUCCGACCAGCAGAUGAAGACCAUCGGAAUCAAUUUGGGCAACGAGACCGCUCGUCUUCAGCACCCAAUGUGCACAUCAAUACAAUAGAGCCUGUCAAUAUUGAUGACUUGAUUAGAGACCAGGGGUUACGAGGAGAGGGAGGUUCAACCACCGGUUUGUCUGCCACCCCACCUGCCUCCUUGCCUGGGUCCCUUACCAGUGUGAAAGCUUUACAGAAGUCCCCCGGACCACAACGAGAGAGGAAGUCAUCCUCAUCCUCAGAAGACAGGAAUAGAAUGAAAACCCUUGGUCGACGGGACUCAAGUGAUGAUUGGGAGAUACCAGAUGGGCAGAUUACAGUCGGACAAAGGAUAGGAUCUGGAUCAUUUGGAACAGUCUACAAGGGAAAAUGGCAUGGUGACGUGGCAGUGAAAAUGUUGAAUGUUACAGCACCCACGCCUCAGCAAUUACAGGCCUUCAAGAAUGAAGUAGGCGUGCUCAGGAAAACCCGACAUGUGAAUAUCCUUCUUUUCAUGGGUUAUUCAACAAAGCCACAGUUGGCUAUUGUUACACAGUGGUGCGAGGGUUCCAGUUUGUAUCACCAUUUGCAUAUCAUUGAGACCAAAUUUGAGAUGAUCAAACUCAUUGAUAUUGCACGACAGACUGCACAAGGCAUGGAUUACUUGCACGCCAAGUCAAUCAUCCACAGAGACCUCAAGAGUAAUAAUAUAUUCCUUCAUGAAGACCUUACUGUAAAAAUAGGUGAUUUUGGUCUAGCCACAGUGAAAUCACGAUGGAGUGGAUCCCAUCAGUUUGAACAAUUGUCUGGGUCCAUUCUAUGGAUGGCACCAGAAGUAAUCAGGAUGCAAGAUAAAAACCCUUAUAGCUUUCAAUCAGAUGUAUAUGCAUUUGGGAUUGUUCUUUAUGAGCUGAUGACUGGGCAGUUACCAUACUCGAACAUCAACAACAGGGACCAGAUCAUUUUUAUGGUGGGACGAGGAUACCUGUCUCCAGAUCUCAGUAAAGUGCGAAGUAACUGUCCAAAAGCCAUGAAGAGGCUAAUGGCAGAGUGCUUGAAGAAGAAAAGAGAUGAGCGACCCCUCUUUCCACAGAUUCUUGCCUCCAUUGAGCUUCUGGCUCGGUCAUUGCCAAAAAUUCACCGCAGUGCAUCUGAGCCCUCAUUAAACCGGGCUGGCUUCCAGACGGAGGAUUUUAGUCUGUAUACUUGUGCUUCUCCAAAAACACCCAUCCAGGCAGGGGGAUACGGAGAAUUUGCAGCGUUCAAGUAGCCACAGCGCCAUGGCAGCACCUACUCUAUUAUUUAAGUCUUGUGUUCCUACAGUUUCUUAACAUCAAAACUCUGUUCUGCUCCUCAAAACCUAAAGCAAUUUAGGAAAAGAUAUCCGUAAGCUUAGAGUGGAGCAGAAUGGAACUGCUGGUCCAACACAAGGGUGGGGGGAAUAAUCUUUUUAGGAACCAGAAUUCUCUGCUGCCAGUGUUUCUCCUUCAACACAAAACACCACGUGUAUUCAGAGACCCGCAGUGGCUGCCUGUACCGUUGUCAUCAUUCCCAGGAGAGAGGAGAGGGCACGCGUGUUUUGACUUUGGUGCUCAGGCAUAAGGGGAUGGAACUGCUGCAGCAACUUAAGAGACUUGCUUUGGAUGUCUGCCAGUUGGCUUUCUCCCUCUAACAACGAAUCAUCAGAGGCUGAACAUCUGAUGAGAGUGCUAAUCAAAAGAAUCAUCUUCUGUUCUGAUUUAUUUUUUUCCUGGCAUGCUUACUGAUUUCUGGGUCAAAAUGCAGUAUCCCCUUUUCAUUUAAAUGCAAAUAUCAAACAUUUCAAUCGAUCUAUGUCAUUGACUUUUAUCCCAGUCAUAUUUGAUAUUUUGAGGGGUGGUAGGUGGCUUCAGGAGAAGUUAAUCUGGAGGAAAAGGGGAUGCUGCACCAUUUUUCAAAUUUACUUUUCACUUACCCAAAAACUACCCUUUUCUUGUUUCUAAUACUUUCUGGUGUGCUCAGACAGGGCAUCUUUCAGAAGGGUUGGGAAGCUCCUCUCGUUGGUCCAGCAACAAACUAAAGUUAACAAAAAAAAAUGUAGCAAGUUCUCAAAAUAUUUUUUUGUAUCAUCUAAUUAAAUGUAUUUUUCAGAAAUGCGAUAAUGGCAUCUGAAGUCUGUAAAACUGCUAAUACAGACUCUGGAAUGGUGUUUGUACCUAUUUUAAAAGUUUUAUUUUAAAUGAGGGUGCAGGUUAAUGCCAGGUACCUUACCAAUGUAUAAGGUUUUCAUAAACAGGAAAAAAUAGUUCUCAGGUUGAAUUGGAAAAAAAAUAAAUACAAAAAUCCCCCCCUCCCCUGAAUUAGACAUUCUGCAAAUUGUGUUUUGGUACUUAGAGAGCUUUUUUAAAAGGAUUUUUAUCCUGUUAACUCAGUGUUCUCUGAUAAGUGU